AAUUAAAUAAUUAUAUAAUAUAAAAUUUUUAAUUUCUAUAACUAAAUAAUUGAAUUGAAUAUUAAUAUUACUAAAAAUAUGGAUUUGUUAUUUAUGUGGUCUACACUAAUUGUUAUAUCAUCAUUACCAAUUUUACUUUAUUGGUAUUUUACACGAAAUUUUGAUUAUUGGUCAAAACGCGGUAUCAAUGGACCCAAACCGAUACCUAUUUUUGGAAAUUUAUGGGAAUUAAUGAUUACCCGACCUAGGAUAUUUACUGAACUGGAAUGGUAUAAAAAAUAUGGCAAAAUAUAUGGAUACUUCAAUCACGUUGGUCCCACACUAACCAUUGCCGAUCCCGAACUAAUCAAACAGAUAUUGGUUAAGGACUUCCAUAUAUUACCGAAUAGACAGCAACGCAAAAAUCCUCACCCAGUUAUGAGCAAAAGUUUAGUCGACGUGAAUGGCGAUGACUGGAAACGGGUCCGAUCGAUAACGACGCCCACAUUUACUUCGGGUAAAAUGAAGCGCAUGUAUCCACUGAUGAAACAAUGUUUUGAAGAUUUUGCCGAACAUUUGCGUCCGUUGGCCGACCAGAAAACAAAUAUCGAUUUAAAGGCACAGUUCAGUAAUUUUACACUCGAUGUUAUAUCUACCUGUGCUUUCGCUACCAAAUUCAAUGUACAUAAAGAUACCGAAAAUAAUAUGUUUGUAAAAAAUGCCAUUUCGUCCUUCAAUUUUAAUAUGACUAAACAGUUGGCUCAGUUGGUGUUUCCCAAAACUAUAGUCAAAUUACUGUAUAUAACGGGUCUAUUCAAGACUGUUAGCGCAGAUUUUUUUAUAAAUUCUUUGCGACAAAUACUGAAUGAUCGGCGAAAAAGUGAUAAAAAAUACAACGAUUUGUUUCAAUUGCUCAUUGAAGCCGAAAAAGAUGACCAAAAUAUGAGACACGAAAACGAUAUCAACGAAUCACAUCAUGUGAAUGAAGGCGCCGACGAACUGGAGGCUGAAAAACGUGCGCUUAAUAUAAAAUUAGAUAACAAACAGUUGACUGAAAAUGAAAUGCUCGCCCAAUCGGUUGUCGUUUUAUUGGCCGGUUAUGAGACCACAGCCACCACAUUGUCCUUCUGUACGUAUGAAUUGGCACUCAAUCAGGAUAUUCAACAAAAACUGUACGAAGAAGUCAAGACUAUCAUCGACUCGAAAGGACAGAUCAGUUACGAUGAGUUGUCACGACUGCCAUAUCUGGAUGCGUGUCUUAUGGAAACAUUAAGACUUCACUCACCGGCUCAACGAAUUGCCAGAACAACCAUCGAUGACUACAAACUGGGAAACACUGGUAUUACACUAUAUAAGGGACAACAGAUUGAUGUUCCCAUCUAUGCUAUUCAUCACUCAGAAGAAUAUUAUGCUAAACCCUUUGAGUUCAAUCCGGAGAGAUUUAUGCCCGAAAACAGACAUAAUAUCAUUCCCUAUACAUACCUGCCCUUUGGUGCCGGUCCUCGCAAUUGUAUUGGUAUGAGAUUUGCAUUACUUGAGGCUAAGUUAGGUUUGGCGCAUAUCAUACAAAAAUACCGGUUUUUCCCGACUGACAAAACAGAUGUUCCGUUAAAAUAUAAGAAAUCUAUUUUAACUGCCGCUGAAAGAGUUGUCAUGUAUUUAAUAUAUUUGUCCAUUAUUUUAAUAGUUAUUUUAGCACUUUUAUAUAGUUAUCUGACCCGUAAUUUUGACUAUUGGUCAAAACAAGGUAUCAAUGGACCCAAACCGUGGCCUAUAGUGGGCAAUAUUGUUCAACUGUGUGUUAUAGGAUCGCGUUUAGAUACAGAAAUAAAUUGGUUGAAAAAAUAUGGCAAAAUUUAUGGAAUAUUUGAUCAAAAUGGUCCAAAACUAACUGUUGCUGAACCGGAACUCAUCAAACAGAUAUUAGUAAAAGAUUUUCAUAUAUUUCCAGAUAGGAUGUCCAUCGAAUACCCGCACCCAGUGAUCGGUAAAAAUCUCUUUUUCAUUAACGGUUCCGUUUGGAAACGGAUCCGAUCGAUAACGACUCCUGUGUUCACUUCAGCCAAAACAAAACGCAUGUAUCCAUUGAUUAACAAAUGUUGUCAAAAUUUAGACAAACAAUUAGGUUCAUUGGCUGACCAGAAACUAAACGUCGAUUUGAAGGAACAGUACUAUAGAUUUACAAUGGAUCUAAUAACUAACUGUGCUUUUGCUACCAAAUUUAAGGAUUAUAAAGAAACAGAAAACAAUUUAUUCAAUGAUCGAGUCUUAAAAUUAAGUCAUUUCAUUGAAACAACUUAUUUGAUUCAUCUAUUUUCCCCUAAAUUGCUAAUCAAAAUGUUAAGUAUUUUUGGUGUCUUCAACAGCGAAUCUACCGAUUAUAUUAUCAAUUACUUACGCCAUAUAUUUAAUAAUCGCCGUAAACUUAACAAAAAAUACUACGAUUUGAUUCAAUUGUUUAUUGAAGCGGAAAAAGUGGACGAAAAUGUCGAAACAAAUGAUAUAAAUAAAUGUGUUGAUCAGGAACUACUACAACCACAGGUUGAAAAUCUCAGUUUAGAUAAUAGAAAGCUGACUGAAAACGAGAUAAUAGCCCUGUGUUUAACCGUAUUAGUAGCCGGUUUUGAGACCAGUGCCACCACUUUGUCAUUCUGUUCGUAUGAAUUGGCAGUCAAUGAAGACUGUCAGCAAAAACUAUACAAAGAAAUCAUGUCUACCAUUGACUCGAAUGAUGAGAUUUGUUACAAUGAUUUGUUACGACUGCCAUAUCUGGAUGCGUGUAUUACCGAAACACUUAGACUGCACUCACCAAUCAUAAGAUAUGAUAGACAAGCCAUCAAAGACUAUAAACUGGGAGACACUGGUAUUACAGUAUAUAAGGGCCAAAUAGUUGACAUUCCUAUCUAUGCUAUUCAUCUGUCAGAAGAAUUUUAUGCCGAUCCCCAUCAGUUCAAUCCGGAAAGGUUUUUACCCGAAAACAAGAAUAAAAUUAUUCCCUAUACAUACCUGCCCUUUGGUGCCGGUCCUCGCAAUUGUAUUGGUAUGCAAUUUGCAUUAAUUGCUAUUAAAUUAUGUUUAGCGAAAAUCAUACAAAAAUACCGGUUCUAUCCGACCGACAAAACAGAUAUUCCGAUUAAAUACAAGAAAUCUAUUGUAACGGCCGCUGAAAAUGUUAUCGUCGGUAUUGAACACAGAAAUUGA